AAAGUCCAAUGUUUGUGUUUGGUUUGAACAGAGCUAAACCCAACAUGGAGCUACUGGCUAGCUAUAUUCAGACAAUAACAAAGGUGAAGCUUGAAUGCAGAGCAGAAACGAGCCCUUGUAGAGCCUGAGAGGUGUCUGAUAAGGCUGACUCAGGGGGAUUAGGAGGAGAGAAAAAGGAGCCAGUUGACAUGGAGGGUGAGAAGGAAGGCGACGACUCUGAAACCAGAUGGAGUGAAGAACUCAGGCUGGUCCUCAUCGGAAAGACCGGAUCUGGCAAGAGUGCGUCUGGAAACACCAUCCUGGGCCGAAAGCAGUUCCUGUCACAGAUCAGCGCCAGCUCUGUCACCCAGAUUUGCCAGCUUGGGAGCACCGAGCUCACAGAGGAAGAGGAUGCUGAGGAGGAUGGCCAGACUGUCACACAGAGGAAGAGGAGGAUGAGGAGAGUCACGGUGGUUGACAUGCCAGGGUUUGGGGACACUCACCUGAGUGUGGAGCAGAUCCAUGCAGAGGUGGCCAAAUGUGUGUCUCUGUCUGCCCCCGGGCCGCAUGCUUUCCUCCUGGUGGUGCCAAUAGGACGAUAUACAGACAGUGAGAACCAGGCUGCCUGCGAGUUGAACAAGAUAUUUGGGGAGGAUGCCGUUCGUCACCACACAGUGGUUCUUUUUACCAGGCUUGAUGACCUGGAGGGCGUAGGGAUUGAGGAUUACCUGAGGGAGACUGCACCUGCUGGGCUCAAGGCUCUGAUUGACAGGUGUGGGGGCAGGUACCAUGCACUCAACAACAGAGACCCCAGCAACACGGUGCAGGUUAAAGAGCUCUUAAUGAAGGUGGAGACGAUGGUGAAGCAGGCUAAAGAAGGGUUUUAUACCAAUGCCAUGUUUUUAGAAGCAGAGGCUGCCAUCAGGGAGGAGCAGAAAAGGAUGCUGAGGGAGCGUGGGCAACCAGAGGGCGAAGAACAAUGGGGAAACGAUGGCAUCGUGGAAGAACAGGCUAAACUUGCAAAACGAAGGAAGUGUGACUUGGAGUUUAACCGAGCAGAGAGCACAGAUAGAGGAUCACAAGGGGUCAGGAGGAGGGAGUUGGAAGGAGGACGUGAAGAGGAUUUUAGGGUGGAGAGGUGGACAGAGGAGAGCAAAGGCAACGCCUUCAGCUUCCUGAGAGACAGCGCUGAACGAUGUAGGGACCAGUUCAGAGGCAGGCGCAGGGCUAUGAGCGGGCGACAGCCUCUCCGUUCAUCCUUGAGGAAGGAGGCUGCGCUCUCUGCUGAGGUGCUGAGGAGAGUUAAGAUCCUGGUGGCUGCCGGAGCCACAGGCAUGGCCGUCGGGGCAGUGUUUGGGGCGGCUGCCCCUUUAGCAGCUGCGGCCGGGGCGUCUUUGGCGGGGAACUCGGUUGGUUUUGCUGCAAGUCAGUUAGCCGGGAUGUCUGUAGCGGGAGGCACCAGUGUUGGGAAAGCUGUGGGCGCAAUAGUGGCAGCAGCCUCUGGGAAAACUGCAUUGGCUCUGGGGGCGGCAACUGGUGGAGUUUUGGGCGGUUCUGUUGGAGCCAUCGCUGGUGCUGAAGCUGCCAGUCCUGGAGAGGGCGCUCUGGAUGCCCUGGGGCAGGUUAGUGUCAUAGGGGCAUCUGCUGUGGGGUUGGCAGCAGGUGUGGGAGGCACCAUGGGAGCUGGGGCUGCUUUAGGCGCAGCUCUGGAGGGAGCGGCUUUCAGCACGGCGGCCCUCUGUGGACCUGAAACUGCAUCAGUAGGGGCAGCAGGUGUAGUCAAUGCUUCUGUAGCCUCAGCAGCAGGGCAGCAUGCAGUGGCCAGUGUAGGAAGCGUAGCUGCAGGUAUUGGGGCUCCUGCAGCUGGAGCAGCCUUAGCUCAGGAGGUGGCUGUGAUUGUCCCAGUGGCUGCUGGGUCUCCUGGUGCUUUAUGUGGGUUAGCAGGGCCCAGUGUGGCAUCAGUGGCCAGCAGGGUUGUGUCAGACCCGUUUGGCACCGCGGCAGUAUCGACGCGCAUCCUGACUGCUGUGGCUGAGAUAGGCAGGGCUGCAGCGGGCAUUGCCCUGGCUGGUGGUCUGGUAGUGAAGGUGGUGAAGGAAAAAAUCAGAUGUGGUACAGAAACAACAGAAGCCAGUUACACGGAGAAGAAGUCGUAUGAGGUCUACUGGAACAAAUAAAUAGACUGAAGUCAUAACCCAGUGAAUGAGAUCAUAUUCAAAUGUAUUUCCUCGCCUCCUGAUUAAGCGCUAGACUCCACAGUAGCUUCCCUCAGUGAGAGUUAUUGCUCUGCCGCAGAAAUGCAAAGCACCUCAAAGAUUCAAUCACAAAUUAUAGUAGAUAAAAGAGAGCAGACAUUAUAAUUGCAAAUAUUGGUUGGAGCUGUUUGAGGCUGUUGAAUGAGUUCAGUGACAUUUGCAAUGCUGUGUGGGAUGACUAAUAAAGACAAACACAUUUUAAUCUAAAUCAAUUUGUAUAAGGUUGCGAUUCAUCUCACAGCUGCAUGGUUUGAACCAGACCUAAUGUCUUCAUACACAUAAAGAGAAAAUAACUACUUACUUCUGGAAACUGGGCUGCUGAAAAUGUCGGUCACAGUUCAGCUGUGUGAGUUCAGUAACCAAAAAUAAGACAUUUACCUAAGCAUCACAUUUCAGUGUUUGCUGGAUGAGAUUAAUGUGUAAAUAUAAUUAAUCAUUUCAGUACUGGGUGUUGAAAUUAAAUAAAAGGACUGAAGUAUUAUAAUUAAAUCCUAAAGUGUUUGUACUGACAGAUGUCACUGAGUGGUUGUAAUGCAGUGUUUCACAUCCUGUAAUAUGUAAACCAGACAAGAGUUUUGUAGUUAUGUGUUAACACACUGGUUUUCAACUUCUCUAAAUGUAUCCACAGUUUAGUGUGUUAACUUUGUUGCGGUGAAAUAAACAAUAAAGACAUGACUGAAUAUUUUA